AUGGCGAUCAACAAAGGAAUCCCUAUGACCAGACUUGCAUUUGAUAUUGGAAUUCAUGAGACCAUUGGUAUUGAUUAUGCGUGUAUGCAAUUAGUAACAGUUGUGGUUCUCUGUAAGCUGGAGCUUGUUCUUGGGAUGAUCAACUCUUAUAUUUACAAUUCAUUAGCAAAAUUCAAGGUAGAACAAAGAUCUGCAAAUCUGAAAUUGUGUUUCUGGGCUUUUGAUGCAGUUUCCUUUUUACUGAAAACUGUACAUUUUGGUUCGGUAUUUGAAGUUGGUGUCUUCAUAAAAGUUGCAGUAGACAUCUUAAAGAUCAUUUCAAAAUUCGAAUCUCUUGAAAACGAUUUUUCUAGAAUUAGUUAUGAUUUUUUAAAGUUACAGGAUUUAUGUCACCAUGAAGUUAGCGUUUUGCAUAAUUCACGAGACCAUUGGUAUUUAUUUGGUAAUACUAAUACCCAAGAUGAGUCAUGUGGUUGUGUACGUGUUGCAGAUUCGACAGCAGCCUGCAGAGCAAUAUUGAUGUUUUUCCAAGAGCUUGAGGUAGACUCUCCAAAGAGCCUGGAAAAUGGGGAAGGUGGACGGCUGAUAGCGCCACAGGAGGCUUGUAAUCGAAUUGCUGAAGUGGUGCAGGAGGCCAUAAGGAAGAUGGAAAUGGUGGCUGAUGAGAAAAUGAGAAUGUACAAGAAAGCCCGAAUGGCUGUAGAGGCUUGUGACAGGGAACUCCAGGACAAGGCCAGGGAAGCUCAAGAACUAAAGCUUGAGAGGCAAAAAAAGAAGCAACAAGUCGAAGAGCUGGAGAAAAUUGUGAGGCUAAAAAACGCAGAGGCUGAUAUGUUCCAACUCAAGGCCAAUGAGGCUAAACGAGAGGCUGACAGGCUCCAGAGGAUUGCUCUUGCCAAGUCAGAUAAAUCGGAGGAAGAAUAUGCUAGUAGUUACUUGAAACAACGAUUAAGUGAAGUUGAGGCUGAGAAGCAGUAUCUGUUUGAGAAGAUCAAACUCCAAGAAAGCUCCCGGGUAUCCCAGAACAGUGGUGGUAGUGUUGACCCUUCUCAGAUGCUGAUGUAUUCGAAAAUGCAUGAUCUUCUUUACAGUGGUGCUCCCAAGUCGGACUGCCUGCCAAAUGAACGCCAUCCUUUCAGAAAAAAUCCUUGAUCGAGGAAUGUUUUUUUCUAGUAUGUUCUGUAUUAUUUUAUCUCAGCAGUAGUAAACUAGUAAGUAACUUUCAUUGGUGAAGACUAGUGUGAAUGUGAGGACUCUUGUUUAAUAUGAUCGAGCAUUUGUGUUUUGUCCAUCUACUAAUGCUAUAGUAAAAUUCACCGGAUUACUUUCCCAUGUGUAUAUCAAAGUACAUGUUUGAUGUUGUUUUUUGUCA